AUGUCAGACUCCGAGACAGAUGUUCCGUCAAAGGCGGCCGUUUCGAACGCGAUUCGCGAUGUUGUACUUUCAAUACACAAGGCAGGCAACGAUGACGACCUCACUGUCAACCACGUCCGCACCGGAGCUGAGCAGAAGCUUGGAUUGCCUGUUGGCUUCCUCAAGAAGGAAGAGUGGAAGAACGAGAGCAAGGACUUGAUCAAAGAGGCUGUGGACAAGUACUGCGGCGACGAAACCGCGCCUGAACCUAGUCCAAAGAAACCCUCCAAUGCAAAGCCGAAAGCGAAGCCUGAACCGAAGAAGAAGGCGACCAAAUCUACGACCGGUAGCGCGCCGCGUGGGAUUAAGAGAAAGGUAGCUGCGCCUCCGAAGAAGUCUCAAAAGCGGAGGAAGACCGUAUCUUCCGACGACGAAUCAGAUGCUGCGCUCUCGGACUCGCUCGCACAAGACGAUGAACGGUCCGACGCCGAAAUCGAGCCGGCUAAGAAACCUGCGCGUCGACAAAAGAAGGUGGUAGGGGAGGAUUCGGAUGAGGAGGAGAGCACCCCGCAGGUGACUCGGCCCAAGAAGGAGGAUAAGGACGCUGAGAGCGACGAAGAGGCAAAUGACAUUCGGCGCCCUGUAACGCCACCUCCAGCUGCCAAGGAUGAUGGUGAUGAGAGCGACCUUUCGAGCGUCCUCGAUGAGUCUCCAGUUAAGAAACGGAAACGAACUACCGAGAAGCCCGCAAAGGCAGCGAAGGGCGCGAAAGCAGUAAAACCAAAGGCCGCCAAGACUGAGGUUGACCCAGACCAGGCAGAGAUAAAGCGGUUGCAAGGCUGGCUUGUCAAGUGUGGCAUUCGCAAAGUGUGGGGAAAAGAGCUCGCCAAAUGCGACAACUCCAAGGAUAAGAUCCGCCACCUCAAGGCCAUGCUGAAAGACGCUGGUAUGGACGGCAAAUACUCCGUUGAAAAAGCUGCUAAGAUCAAAGAGCAACGCGAGUUUGCCAAAGACCUGGAGGAUAUUCAAGCAGGCGCCGCAGCCUGGGGCGAAAAUACCAGCACUGGACGCCCACGUCGAGCGGUAGCACGACCGGUGCAGCCAGUUGCCAUUCCUGAAGACAGCGACGAUGAAGAUGCAGGCGAUAAGGCGCAGGAUGAGAAAGACGAGGGCACAGAUGAUGACGACGAUGAUGAUGAUGAUUCGGCUCAUGACGACUCCGGAUCAGAUGACAGCGCGGGUGGAAAAGACGAGGAAGAUGAUUCCGACUAG